UGGGCAACAGCGGAGGUCGCGAGGCCCAGGUGGGUGGCAGGGCAAGGGCGACGAGCAGUGGAAGCGGGAGGCGAGGAGAAGGAGAAGGAGAAGGAGGAGGGGAUGCCUUUACCAUGCUCUGUACCAACUGUGGUGACCGUGUGGCGCUCGACGAGGUAGAGGCCCAUUCGGGUGUGUGCUCGGCCUUGUGGGUCCGAGUCGAUGCCAAGGGCAAGAGCAGGGUUAAGUCCAAGGACAAGGGCAAGGGCAAGGGUAAGGGCAAGGGCAAAGUCGAGGCUGACGAGGCUGGUAUCGAUGUCCGCGGAAGCAAGGCGAACAAUGCGCUGGCGACGGUGGGAUCGGUGGCGGCGGGAUCGAUGGCGGCGGCGGGAUCGACUCGGAUGAGUGCAAGUAGGCAGCUGGAGGCGGUGCACGAGGUGGCGUCAGCGGACGGACGGGUUAGGUUUCGCGACUCUGAGUCGUCGGGCACGGGGACGGUGACCGAGACCGGGACCGGGACGGCUGAUAUGAUGGCAAGCCUCAUGGGGCGGAGGAACAGAACGAUGUUCGAGACGUCGGCAGUGGAUGACGCACGCGGUGGCCGCGAGGUCGGGGUGACGGCAGCACGUGCGGCCGAGCUGAUUGACGAGGCGCUGGGCGGGCGGAGUCGUGGCAUGGCGCCACUGUCGCGCGAAGACGUCUCACGGGUCCUGCAUCUCACGCAAAUGCCACGGGAAGAGAUUGACGAGUGCGUCUCCGAGCUGUUUCGGGACGGACCCGGCGGGGCGACCCGGACGCGGCUGCGAGAGCUGGUGAUGAGGCACACGCCGGACCUCCUCAGCGCCGGCACACUGCAGGUUGUGGUCGAGGCCAUCAUCGCAGAGACAGGAAUGACGACUCAGCAGCGGCUGGAGCCGAUCUGGAGAGCACUGGCGCCGCUCGGAGCCGGUGAGCUGGCGUCGCAGCGUGUGCCACGGGAGGUGGUGGCUGCGGUGAUGCAGCCGCUCGGCGUGACCACCGAGCUCGACGACGCCGAGUUGCCACGGUCGGUGGCGGCACUACGGGCCAUGGUCCACGACGUGUUGGCUUAUACCGAUAGCAUGGCGCUCGACGCGCUGGAGAGCGCGCUGCCAAGCAUCCAGACUGCGGUCGACGGUGCGAUCCGCGCGGCAGCAAAGCUCGCGAGUGAGGCCAAGGCGUCGGCGUUGCUGCAGAUGUUCGACACCCGCGGGCGGAUCAACGGAAUCAUGGAGCGGCUGCGAAGCCAGGCUGUCGAUGGGUGCAUGACCGCGGCUGAUGCAGCAGCCAUGGCACGUGCACUGGGCUCUGAGCCAGCAGACGAGUACGAGGCUGAGAUGUGCAAGCUCCACAUUGUGGAGGACUCACUGCUGGCGCUGCUCGAGUGGGAGAGUGAGGUCGACGCACAGCUCGACGCCAUCGAGGCUGCGCUCAGCAUGACCAAUGCCAGCUAA